AUGACUGAGAGCAACAGAAAUAUUGUGUCAGACUGCAAAUUAUUUCGCGGUGCGACAAUCAUAACAGUUAAUCAGAAGCGCGAAAUCAUCAUCGAUGGUUAUAUCCGCGUUGAUGGCGACCGGAUCACCGCUGUUGGAAAGUGCCCAUAUAACAGCGACCUUCCUUUUGGCGCUCGUGAAAUUGAUUGUCAAGGCAAAAUAAUUAUUCCUGGGCUCAUCAACACACACGCGCACCUUGUUCAGUCCCUUUUGCGGGGCUUGGCGGAGGAUCUACCCCUGCAUAACUGGUUAUGCGACACCAUCUGGCCUCUUGAAGCGGUAUUUGAGAGCGAUGAUGGAUAUAACGCUGCGCGUCUUACAAUGGCCGAGAUGUUGAAGACAGGAACGACUUGCUUCCUUGACCCAAUGUUGACGUAUCGAGCUGGAUUUGAUAAAGUGUGCAAUGCUGUGAAGGAAAUGGGGAUACGAGCUUGCUUGGGAAAAUUAGUAAAGUUCACAGAAACCAAUCGCCAACUAUCGAUCUCGGAUCCUAGGGACCGAGACCUGCUUGAGAUGUCGGUAUCGGAACUAGUCAAAGCACAUCAGAGACAUGGGCAAAGCAAUGAUGGAAGGAUACACGUCUGGGCUGCUGCAGGAACUCCUCGGGGUGCACCUAUCUCUCAAUAUCUUGAGCUGGGCGAAACUUGCGCGGCCCAUGGCAUUUCAGCAACGAUGCACUGCGCCGAAGCUCCAAAAGACAGAGUGAUCUAUCAUGACUCAUAUGGCUGUAGCGCUAUGGAGUUUAUCAAAGAUGCAAAGCUCUGCCCGCAAUAUAAGGAUCCAUCUAUCAAGGACAAGAAAAGCCACAAUCUUGUUCUUGCACAUAUGGUCAACCUUGAUUUGGACAUCGAUAUUCCUUUGCUAGCGAGCACGGGGACCUCAGUUGCCCAUAACCCAACUUCGAAUCUCAAAUUAGCCUCUGGUAUCGCCCCAGUUCCAGCUAUGCUUGCGGGAGAGUCACCUGUUAAUGUAUCCUUGGGAACCGAUGGUGCACCUUGCUCAAACCAUUAUGAUCUUUUUCAAGAGAUGCACCUGGCCGCUAUUCUUCACAAAGGAGUGAAUCAUGACGCCACUUUGAUUCCAGUUGAGCUUGCAAUCGAGAUGGCGACAAUCAAUGGCGCUAAGGCUUUAGGACUUGAUGCUGAGAUUGGUAGUAUUGAACUGCUGAAAAAGGCGGAUUUUGUUGUGCUGGAUCCGUAUGGACGUGGAGGAAUUGGCGCUGCUCCUUGGAAUGGCAAGUUUUCUCGUUUUGCUGUCAGUCCUGCUACUACGGUUGUCCAUGGAUGUACUGGGCGAGAUGUGGAUAUGACUGUGGUCAAUGGUGAAAUCCUUGUCGAGAUGGGACAGUUAGUCCUUGGUGGAAGAGAUAUGGAGAUGGAGAUUGUUUGCAAGGCCCAGCUUGCUGCUGAAGGUAUACUUGAUCGAUGUAACAGUGGUCGAGAGGAGGGAAGUGAGAUUGGAGGAAAGUUGAGGAAAGACUGGUCUUAUGUUUAG